AUGUCUAACGAUAAUAUGGAACCCUCGAAUGCGAGCAUAGACGCGAUGCCACAGUGGCUCCGAGCAAUGUUGGAAUUACAACAACAAAUAGCUGAUAUGCAUGCAACUCAACAACUCCAAUACGAAGAGAUCCAACGGUUAAUCCAUGCGAUUCCAACAUCUACAGAAUCGAAUACAAAAGCGCCGAAAGAACGCUUAGGUGCUCCCGCGUAUUUUGAUGCUUCCGACCUCACUCUCUACUCAUCAUGGAGGAUGGAAAUGCUCGCGAAACUGAGUGUAGAUGGAGAUGCUAUCGGUUCGCUAACCAAUCAAGGUUGGUAUAUCAAUGGACGAUUGAAAGAUCGCGCGAAACAGAAGUUCCAUCCAUGGAUGGAAGCAUGUGAACCAGCGUUGCGAACGCCUGACAACAUCAUGAAACAUCUUGAUGUCCUGUUCCAAGACACUGCCAUGCAACAGAAAGCAUUAGAUUGGUUACAGAGCGCCCGACAGAGGAACACUCCUCUUACAACAUUCAUCCCUGACUUCAACACCAAGAUCCUAGAAGCAGGUGGUCAAUCUUGGGAGGAUCGAAUGAAGAUUAGCAUGCUCAAGAAGGCAUUGACUUUCAAACUCUUACAGGCCCUUGUAAGUGUAGAUGAAGACCAGACUUAUGAAGGCUUCUGCACACAGCUCCGGACAUUGGACGACCGUCUUACCAAGCUCAAGAGUAUACAGAACAGUGGCAGAAGACAUUACAUUCCAGCCACUCACACACCUGCGCUGAAGAAUAACAACAAUGAUGCAGAUGCUAUGGCCUGGGUAGACUCAAAUGUCUAUGCACAAGCAAGGGUCUCCGCCGUCCGAACAGGCUUCCAGGUCCCUGGGAUCACUCCCGAAGAAGUCGCCGAUCGACGUCAACGUGGAGUGUGCAUCAACUGUAACCGAUCAGGACACAUUGCUUCCAACUGCCGAUCGACCUAUGUGCCUCCAUACUCGAGAGAAAGAUCAGUGCCUCCUCGUUCGAAGGAUGGAUCAGCGCCUGUCCGCGCCAACCACGUUACAUUAGAGGAAGAUUCGGAAGAUAACUAUGAGGAUGCCCCGGAGCUUGAAGAGGUCGCUAUCAAUGGACGAGAUGCCGUUUCAACAGGCGUAAGCCCGUUCUUCCUUACACACGGUUAUCACAUGGAAGUGUUGGAUCUCCUAGAGACCACACAGUUCACACCGGACCCCCGCAGUCCGAUCCAGAUCGCCGACAAUAUAGUAACGAAGCUCCGAGAUGCCCGCGAUUGGGCAGAGGCCUCCAUGGCAACUGCGAAACAAGAUCAAGAGGACCGAACCAAUGUCCACCGAGACCCCGCCGAACAAUAUAAGAUAGGAGAUCUGGUAUGGUUGAAUCUUAAGAACAUACGAACCACACGUCCAUCUCGUACGCUAGAUUACCGCCACGCCAGGUAUAAAGUGAUAGAAGUCCUAGGUAGCCACAACUACCGCCUUGACACACCACCAGGGAUCCAUGAUGUAUUCCACACAAGCUUGCUCCGCCGCGCCGCCACCGAUCCGUUCCCUUCUCAGCUGACUUCUGACUGGCAGCCACCAGGCAUCAUAGGAGAAGAUAAUGAGCUUGAGUGGGAGAUUGAGGAUAUCCUCGAUGAGAGACCCCGCGGCCGCGGCCGGCAAUAUCUCGUGAAAUGGGGAUCAACCGACCUGGACUCCGAGUUCCGCGUUAUCCGAAACAGCGGCCCUUGA